UCCUCCUUCACACAUCCUCCAUCGACUCGCUGAUCAUUCUCUCCUUUAUUUGUCCUGGAAUAUCGACUUAUCCCUCCUACCCACUUCCGCUCGCGCACCCGAAGCCCGACGCACACUUAAGACGACUUUGGCGCCCCGGUGCGCACUCAACCAGCUCCAUCAUGGCGCCGCAAUACCCCCGCGGCAGCAGCAGAGGGGCAGGAGCAGGAUGGCUCACAGCGACAGCCGGUCUGUUGUUGAUGUCUACAACGUCUGCAUGGGCGGCUGGUCCCGACUGGACAGCGAAGCAUGAGGAAGGCCGCUGCGCGAUCAGAGGGCAGUGCGGGAAACAGGGCUUCUUUGGCUCUGAGCUACCUUGUCCAGACAACGGUUUGGCUGAGAAGCCAGAGGAAGAUGUGCGGAAGAAGCUGGUCGACAUCUGCGGUGAUAGCUGGUCCGACACGAAGGUGUGCUGCAAGGAAGAACAGCUCGACGCCCUCAAGACGAAUCUCGACCGCGCCACUCCCAUUAUCAACGCCUGCCCCGCCUGCAAAGAGAACUUCUUCAACCUCUUCUGCACCUUUACAUGCUCCCCCGACCAGUCGCUAUUCAUCAACGUCACCCAAACCGAGCCUAAAGGGGACAAAUAUCUCGUCACCGAGCUUGACCAUCUUGUAUCCAACGAAUACGGUUCCGAUUUCUACAACAGCUGCAAAGAUGUCAAGUUUGGUGCUACCAAUGGAAAAGCCAUGGACUUCAUCGGGGGUGGCGCUUCCAACUACACUCAGUUCCUCAAAUUUCUGGGCGACAAAAAGUUUCUCGGCAGUCCGUUCCAAAUGAACUUCCCCCGCCCCAACCAGUCUGAUUUCCCCUCUAUGGACCCUAUGGACAAGGAAGCUCAUCCGUGUAACUCGACCGACGAAAAGUACCGAUGUGCAUGCUUGGAUUGUGGCUCUUCAUGUGCUGAGCUUCCAGAAGUGGCCGAAGCGAAGCAGUGCUACGUAGGCAUUUUGCCCUGUCUAUCCUUUGCCGUCAUUAUCAUCUAUUCUGUUUUUCUCGGUCUGCUGUGUCUGGCUGUCGCAGGCCACGUUGCGUAUCGAAAGCACGCAAGCCACAAGAACGAGCGUCUUCGUCUACUACAGGACCUGGAGCCUAGUGAUGACGAAGAUGAAGGAGACAUUGUCCAUAAUAUCGGUAUGCUGGAUAGACCAACAAAGCAGUAUUUUGUCAACACCUGGUGCGACCGCAUGUUUAGUCGCUUGGGAUACGUGUGCGCCAAAUUUCCCCUCAUCACCAUCUCCACCAGCUUUCUUGUCGUAGCUCUUCUCAGUCUCGGGUGGCUACGAUUCCAGGUUGAGACCGAUCCCGUCAGACUGUGGGUAUCGCCCGAUUCCCCCGCCGCGCUCGAGAAGGAUUAUUUUGAUCAAAACUUUGGUCCGUUCUUCCGAGCCGAGCAAGCUUUCCUUGUCAACGACACGGGUGGCCCAGUUCUCAGCUACGACACUCUUCGUUGGUGGUUCGAUGUGGAAAGUCGCAUUCAGCGUUCCAAAUCGUACGAGGGCGGGUACACACUCGACAAGGUUUGCUUCAAGCCUGUCGGCGACUCCUGCGUCGUCCAAUCAUUAACAGGCUACUUUGGGGGUGACUUCGACGGUGUCUCGCCAUCUUACUGGGAGGAGGAUUUAAUAGCCUGCGUUGACAAUCCGUCCUCGUGUCUACCACCGUUCCAGCAGCCACUCGAUCCCCACCUCUUGUUCGGUGGCGUCAACGAGAGCGUCCUCGACGCCCAAGCUAUCAUCGUGACUUGGGUUGUCUCCAACUAUGCGGAGGGGACUCCUGAGCUGGAACGCGCAAUGGACUGGGAAAACGGCAUGAAGGACCUGAUGCUCGCCGUUCAAGGCGAAGCCCGUGACCGAGGCCUGCGUCUCAGUUUCAACACUGAAGUUAGUCUGGAGCAAGAAUUGAACAAGAGCACAAACACGGAUGCCAAAAUCGUCGUUGUCAGCUAUAUCAUCAUGUUCAUGUACGCGUCCCUCGCCCUUGGAUCAACCACCCUCACCGUCCGGUCUAUCCUGCGACACCCGUCCAAUUCGCUUGUUCAAUCAAAGUUCAUGCUCGGCAUAUCUGGUAUCCUCAUCGUCCUAAUGUCGGUAUCUGCCUCCGUCGGUUUGUUUUCCGCCGCAGGCAUUAAGGUCACCCUAAUCAUCGCUGAAGUCAUUCCUUUUCUGGUACUGGCCGUCGGAGUGGACAAUAUCUUCCUCAUCGUACAUGAGUUCGAGCGCGUCAACAUCAGUCACCCUGAGGGCUCGAUUCCUGAGCGCGCUUCUCGGGCUUUAGGCCGCAUGGGACCUUCCAUCUUGCUUUCUGCCACCACCGAAACAACAGCCUUUGCUUUGGGGUGCGCUGUGGGCAUGCCUGCAGUACGUAAUUUCGCUGCUUAUGCCGCAGGGGCCGUCUUCAUCAACGCCGUGCUACAAGUUACCAUGUUUGUGGCCGUGCUGUCUCUAAAUCAGCGACGCGUAGAAGACAACCGUGCCGAUUGUUUCCCGUUCUUGCGUGUGCGAAGAGCUGAUGAUAGCUACAUCAACGGUGGAAUGGGCCACGGUGCUGGAGAAGAAGGCGGCCUACAACGAUUCAUUCGUAAGACGUAUGCUCCAGCUCUACUGGGAAAGAAGGUUAAGGUGCUAGUCCUGGUCGUUUUCUUCGGCAUAUUCACCGCCGCUCUGGCGCUUUUCCCCAAGGUGCAACUUGGCCUCGACCAGCGCAUCGCCAUACCGACUGACUCCUACCUUAUUCCGUAUUUCAACGAUCUGUACGACUACUUCGAUGCAGGACCACCAGUUUACUUCGUCACCAAGGAGCUUAACGUCACCCAGCGUACAGCGCAGAAGGAGCUUUGUGGUCGCUUUUCCACGUGCCACCAAGAUAGUCUUGCGAACAUCAUCGAAGCUGAGCGUAAGCGACCUGAGACCUCCUUCCUGGCUGCUCCAGCGGCCAGUUGGUUGGACGACUUCAUCCUCUGGCUUAACCCCGAAAAUUCAAAGUGCUGCAUUGGAAAAGAUGGGAAGCCUUGCUUCGAGGGUCGCAACCCACCGUGGAAUCUGACUCUGAGCGGGAUGCCCGAAGGCCAGGAAUUUAUGUCAUACCUGGAUCGCUGGAUCGAAGCGCCAACCACGGAGGACUGCCCUCUGGGUGGUGCGGCCGCUUACUCCAACGCUCUUGUUAUUGACGACGAGAGACUCACCAUUCCUGCCUCACACUUCCGCACCUCGCACACACCUAUCCAUUCACAGGAAGACUUUAUCGCAUCUUACACAGCAGCCCGCAGGAUUGCAAGUGAGAUUGAGAAGGACGUUGGUACCGAGGUGUUCCCCUACUCCAAACACUACAUCUUCUUCGAUCAAUACCUCUCUAUUGUCCGUCUUGCUGGUGCGCUUAUCGGUUCUGCUCUUGCCGCUACGUUCCUCGUCACGGCCAUCCUGCUCGGCUCUAUCAUGACUGCACUGGUUGUCACCGUCGUAGUUGCCAUGACAGUCUCUGCCAUCAUCGGGUCCAUGGCUCUCCUCGGUGUUUCACUUAACGCCGUUUCCCUCGUCAACCUCAUCAUUUGCGUAGGCAUCAGCGUCGAGUUCACAGCACACAUCGCCCGCGCCUUCACAUUCCCAAGCCGUGCAACCAUGGAACGCGCCCCUCGUCACAAAUUCAAGGGUUUGGACGCACGCUCCUGGACAGCCAUGGUCAAUGUGGCGAGCUCUGUCGUAAGCGGCAUCACCAUCACCAAGAUUCUGGGCGUCGGCGUCCUCGCUUGGACUCGCAGCAAGAUCUUCGAAAUCUACUACUUCCGCAUCUGGCUCGCCCUCGUCGUCUGGGCCUCCACACAUGCUCUCAUCCUCCUCCCUGUCUUACUCUCGCUGUUCGGUGGUCGCGGAUAUGUCGAUCCCGAGAGCGAGGGUGGGUUAGAGCAGGAUCUGAGGAGUCGCCAGUACCCGGCGCUUCUGGGAGAUGAUGACGACGGUUGGGAUAGCGAUGAGUAG